AUGCCCAUCUUCACCACCCUCUUCACUCGCCGCAACCUUUUCCUCCUCCUCCUCAAAACCCCUCACAGACCCGUUACAUCCCAAGCCCAAGCUCGGCCCAACAAAAAGCCCCUCCACGCCCUUUUCACCGAAGCUGUGGGUCUCUCCCAGAAAACCACCACUUCCGACACCGACGACGAGCGAACUCAAUCAGAAACCGGAACCGAACUGAAGAAAAAUCUCAAGCAGUUGGAGCAAGAGAUUAAGACCCUCAAAGAGAAAACAAAAGGGGUCCCAAAAAAAAUGAGUUUGUUCGCUGUGUAUACCAAUAAAAAGCCUCCCACGAAAUCAAUGGAAUCAGUGGUUGUCAAGAAGCUUUCCCCCGAUAUGGUGAUGUUCGCGCAGUACUUGUUUGAGAAUGGAUAUUUUAAAGAUGCCAAUUUCGCCCAGGGGAAAAAUAAUUUUGAUCUUGAUUGGUUUACCAAUUUCUUCGCCGUAGGGUAUAUCAAGUUUGCUGCCCAGAAAUUCGCUAGAGAUAACCAGGAAAUUGCCAAAUGGCUAUCAGGAAGUGCCUUGAAGCAAGUGGCCGUGUUUGGCUGCCCUGACACCCAUAAGAGUGCUGUCUUUCCUGCUAAAAGGCUGCGGAAGUUUUUUGAGGUCCCGGAGAACACGGUUUGCAGUGGAUGCCCCCUGCAGAAAUCGUGCAAGUUUGUGAAUCAAAGUGUAUGGAAUUUUAACACCAAUAAUUUGGAAUUAGUAUCAGUUAUGAAGGUUAUCACUUCAUACGGUUUAGAGUCAGUGCACCCCCAGCUGGUAGUGCCUGAUGUACUAAAGAAAUCAGUAAGUCAAUUGCUGAAGGAGAUUGUGAAACUGAGUGAGACCACCUGA